AUGGCAGCAAGCAUGGCGAGCCAAAGCCGUGAGGACGCCAGCUUGAGGGCCAGCGACUUGAAGCUCUUGGAAACUGGCAACUUUGCCGACAUAGAGAUCAUCUGCCGCGGCAGGACUUUCAAAGUCCACAAAGCUGUGGUGUGUUCAAGAAGUUUGUGGUUCGAGAAGGCCUUGACUGGACAUUUUGCGGAGGCAGCUACUGGAAAAGUGAAAAUCUACGAAGAGGAGCCUGAAGCUAUUGAGGUUAUGCUGAGGUACAUCUACGGAGGUGCGGUGGAUAUUGUAAAAGAAACGAGUAACGAGCAAGUCUUCAAAAGCUGCGUCGACAUGUACAGAGCCGCACACUUCCUCCUCUUGCACCCGCUGUUGCCCAUAAUCCGGCGCCGAAUAGGUGGAUACUGCGACCAGAGGCUGAAGCAGCUCUGCACGCGCAAUAGUGGCACUGACAGCACCGGCACAAGGCGUUGGGCUGCGGACUUGGCUACUGCCAUCAGAGAAACGUACAAGGCGGAGAUCAAAGUCCUCAAAAAGAUCUUUAUGGAGUUUGUCUGGGCAGGACGAUGGCAAUUACUCGGCAACGGCGAGUGCGACAUCUCGUUCCUCAUUUACGACACACCCGGGUUCAUCAAAGAUAUGCUUCACAACUGCGCCACCAAACAGUGGCUCGACAAUCCCAUCUGGGCGCCGAAGAGACCAGAGAAAUCCCUAGCCGGCUGGCAUUGGGAGUGCGCGCGUUGUAAGGUGCCGAUUGUAUCUUCUCGCCUCACUGAGGCAGCGGGACAGGUGUUCGAUCCUUUCACUUUGGGUGAAGAGAACAGGGUCCGACGAGAGUGGUGCCGCAAGUGCAGCGAUCUGAACAUGAUCCCCUGGCGACAGGCCAGAUACUGA